GAGCUGGGAGAGAUGGUUUAUGAUCACCUCUUCCGGCUAGCCCCCAACGUGGCAAGCCUCUUCACAAAGCCGAGAGAGUACAUGGCAGUCAAGAUGGGCGACACCCUUGGUAUGCUGGUUUCCUUCGCUGACGACCCAGAGAACAUGAAGCAGCAGGUGAGCUGGCUGGGAAUCCGACAUGUACAAUACAACGUUCGACCCCAUCACAUCCCUCUCAUCGGUCCUGUCUUCAUGAACGUGCUCGCUGAUGUAUCCGGAGAGGAGUGGACAGAGGACGUGGAGAAAGCCUGGGGAAUCGUGUUCAAGAUGGUUUGCGAUAACAUGUCAGAG